AUGGAACAAAUUAAUGGACAAAAUUCAACAUUUGAAAUUUUUCCAUCUUCUCCUUGUCAUCAUAUCUUCAAAUAUCCAUCAGAGUCAAUUAAAGAUGAAGAAAAUCAAGAAUCUCUUAAUGCUCUUCAUAUGUCUAGUGAUAGGGAACAUAAUAGUUCGAUUCAUAUCGAUAAAUCAAUCAAAAAUCAAGAUUUGCAACAACUUGAUCAACCUCUUAGCUUUAAUAAUAAAACAAAUCAAUUGUUUAAUAAUCAUCCUGCAUGUCUAUUUCGAACAGAUAAGCAAUGGCUCGAUUGUCAAUAUCAUGAUUUGGAACAUACAUCAAUCAAGAAACCAGAUGAAGUCGAAAACGAUAUGGAAGAUCCUAUUAUAAAUGAUAAUAUUCAAAUUCUCGAUCGUAUUCAAGGUUCAAUGAUUGGAAUGGCUUUAGGUGAUGCUCUUGGAGCUCAUGUAGAAUUUCGACCUAGAGAAUAUUUACGUGAACAUCCAGUUGAAGAUCUCAUUGGAGGAGGAACAUGGGGUCUCAAUACAGGACAAUUUACCGACGAUACAUCGAUGGCUCUUUGUUUAGCCAACUCUUUAGUUGCUCGUCGUGAUUUUCUACCCUAUGAUCAAUUAGUUCGAUAUAAAUGGUGGCAUCUCAAUGGUUAUAUGUCUUCAACAGGAAACUGUUUUGAUAUUGGUGCAGCAACUAGUGAUUCAUUACGUGAGUUUGGACGUCGACAAAAAGAAUUUGCUGAAAAGAAUUCUAUUCCAAUAAAUCAAAUAGAUUUUCUAUCAGAUUUAAAUCUUCUUGAAAAAUUUGAUGUUAUGUGUAGCACAGAAGGUGUAGCUGGUAAUGGAGCUUUGAUGCGUCUUGCUCCUGUACCAUUAUUUUUCUACAAAUAUCCAAUUGAAGCUGUAGAAUAUUCUGGUAUUAGCGGACAAAUAACACAUGGUGAUCAGAAAGCCUAUGAUGCUUGUCGAUACUAUGGUGCUCUUAUUGUUGCUGCUCUUCAUGGUGAAACAAAAGAUAAAUUGCUUGACAAAAAUUUUUACUUUCAACACAUUAAUUGGUUCAGUGGUAAACCUCUUCAUUCAGACAUCAUGGAAAUAGCUCAAGGAUCGUAUCAGAAAAAAGGAGGAUACGAUGAUGGUAUUAGAGGCAAGGGAUAUAUUGUUAGUGCUCUCGAAGCUGCUUUAUGGGCUUUUUGGGCUGAUGGAGAUUCAUUCAAAACAGGUGUUCUUGCUGCUAUUAAUCUUGGUGAUGAUACAGAUACAACAGCAGCUAUUUAUGGUCAAUUAGCUGGAGCCUAUUAUGGAUAUAAAAAUCUUCCUGCUCAAUGGGUUGAUCAAAUUUAUGCUAAAAAAUUUAUUGAAACGUUAUCGAAAUGGAUUGACUAUGAAGGACAAAACUGGAAACCAAAGAAUAUCUAUCCAACAAUUAUUCCUUUGACUUUUCUAACGAAAAACAAUCCUGUUACAAUAGAAACUUCUAUAGACAAGUCGAAUUUGAAUUCAGAAUCAACAACUAAACUAAAUGAUGUAUUUGAUAUUGUACCAUUACAAGAAGCUAAUUUGAUUGGAUCGUUAAACAAUGAACCAUCACAUGAAUCUCAAUCUAACAUAUACCAUAAAUUGUCCUACAAAAAUCCAACAGAUAAUAAAUCAACAUUAUAUUCAAAUAGAACAGAAUUCGAAAUCGAUACCAGUGUUAAAAAACAAGAUAAGAUUAUUAUUCCCUCAUCCUUUUCUCAACGGUCAACUUCAAUUCAUCGAUCAAUUUAUAAAUACAUCGAUCAAAGUAACAAUUUAGCGACAUGGUCUGUUGAUGAUGUUUGUCGAUGGCUUCAAACACUUGGUGAAAACUAUGAUAUUUAUGUUAAUUUAUUCAGAAAAGAUCACAUUGAUGGAUUCCGUCUUUUCCGAUUUAUUAAUCAUUAUAUUCUCACACAGUAUGGAAUAACUAAUCAAGAUCAUCAACAAAAAAUUCUCGAUGGAAUUCAACAAUUAAAACAGAAUCAUAUGAGUGUUGUCUGGAAUUCGAGAAAUGCAUAA